AUGGAAAACUACACCUACAACAGCUUCACACUCCAGCUGGAGGGGUUAAAUGUCUCAAAGGAUUCAACAUAUGCAGUGUUUAUUUUUCUUUUAUUCUCCUAUAUAUUGAUAAUGGUCACAAAUGUAGGCAUUGCUGUUCUGAUUUUCAUUGACAAGAACCUUCACCAGCCUAUGUAUCUCCUUUUUUGCAACCUGCCACUGAGUGACAUCCUUGGAAACUCUAUCUUUUUUCCUCGUUUGCUCAUAGACAUGUUGCGUCCUCCUUCUGAACGUCUCAUCAGUUAUUAUGAAUGUGUGGUCGGAGCUUUCACCACACACAUGUUCGGCACCACUUCUCACACUGUGCUCAUGAUUAUGGCUUUUGACAGAUAUGUGGCCAUCUGCAAUCCCCUGCGUUACGCUGCCAUAAUGACCAACAAAAUGUUGGUGAAGCUGACAGUUUCUGCCUGGGGAGUGGCCUUUGUUCUGGUCGGGAUUCUGCUCGGUCUGACCGUAAGACUGAACCGAUGCAAGACUAUGAUCAGAAGCCCCUACUGUAACAAUGCUGCACUGUUCAAACUCUCCUGUGAGAGUGCAUUAAUUAAUGAUGUGUAUGGCCUCACUUUCACUGUAGUCCUGUUUACAGCUUCUAUUGGCAGCAUAGUUCUCACCUAUACCAAGAUUACAGCAGUUUGUCUGACCAGUAAAAACAAGUCUCUGAACAGUAAAGCUUUGAAGACCUGCAGCACUCAUCUAGUUGUGUAUCUGAUCAUGGCGUUCAAUGGAAUCUCAAUCAUUACUCUUUAUCGUUUCCCUCAGUACUCAAACUACAGAAAACUCUGUUCCAUUUUGUUUCAUAUCAUCCCUUGCAGCCUCAACCCCAUUGUUUAUGGUGUGCAGUCCAAAGAGAUACGAAAAUUCUUGUCAAAAUUGUUUGUGUCCAAGAAGGUUUUGCCAUCAUUAUAG